AUGUGUGUGUGUGUGUGUGUGGCUGUCUCUCAGUGUGUGUGUCCCUCUCUCUUGGACUGUGUGUGUGGCUGUCUCUCAGUGUGUGUGUCCCUCUCUCUUGGACUGAUGCCCAUAAUAUUAUGUGUGCCUACAUCUUUCUCCCACUCUCCAUCGUCUCUGUCUCUCUCUCUCUCUCUCUGUCUCUCUCUCUCUCUCUCUCUCUCUCUCUGUCUCUCUCUGUCUCUCACUCUAUCUCUGUCUCUCACUCUGUCUCUCACUCUGUCUCUGUCUCUCUCUCUCACUCUAUCUCUGUCUCUCACUCUGUCUCUCACUCUGUCUCUGUCUCUCUCUCUCACUCUCUCUCUCUCUCACUCUGGCUUUUGCCUACUCGUGCUGCUAGCUUGGGCCAGAGCCACUGGCACUCGGCUAUCCUCGUCAUCUCUGUUAACCCUCUACUUCAAGUCAGAUGCGGCCUCCCUCACAGCACACAUCUCUGAAUCAUCUACAACACGAGCGCGUCCUUACUCUCUCUCGUCCACCCCUGAGCCAUCUGCAUCUCCACCCCCUUGCUCCUCCGCACGCCAUUCUCUGCUUUCCCCUUUAUUUCCCCCCUUCAACCCCAUCAACUCUCUCCACCAUCUCUUCUCAUACUCUCUCCACCCCUCUCUCUCUCUGAAUCUCACUCACCACCUCUCCCUCUCUCUCUGUGCUGCAUCUUCGUCGAGCGCGCUGCUCUCUCUCUCUCUCUCUCUCUCUCUCUCUCUCUCUCUCGCAAAAAAAAAAAAAAAGAGGCUGGCUGUUGUGACUUGUGCCCUAGAAACCACGACUCGCCUUCACACGCGCUUGCGCUUUUCACCCCCCUCCCUGUCUGUUCCAGCGCUGAUUGAGGCCGAUGUUGAACCACGCCACGUCAUGACCCUUCGCGAUAACAUCAAGAAAACUAUUGCUCUCGAAGACGACGUCAACAUGGUCAGCAAUCGCAAGUUUGUUCAGCGCUGCGUCUUUCAGGAACUUUGUCAGCUCGUCGACCCAGACGUGACCGUUUGGAAGCCCCGCAAGAAGCGCGCCAACGUCAUCAUGUUUGUCGGUCUACAAGGCGCCGGCAAGACCACCACCUGCACCAAGCUCAAGCAAAACGCCACCAAGGCGCGCAUCCCCUUUUACGGCAGCUACACCGAGGUUGAUCCCGCUGUCAUUGCUGCUGAUGGCGUCGACCAGUUUAAGCGCGAAAAAUUUGAAAUCAUCAUCGUCGACACUUCCGGUCGUCACAAGCAAGAAGCUGCCCUCUUUGAAGAGAUGCUGCAGGGCGGUGGUGCACUAUCGGCCAUUGCUGCCACCCGCAGUCCCGUCAUCUUCAUUGGGACUGGUGAACGCAUUGAAGACCUCGAGCCCUUUGCCCCGCGCUCCUUUGUCAGCAAGCUGCUCGGUCUCGGUGACGUUCAAGGCCUGAUUGAGCGUGUCAGUGAGUUGGGCAUUGAGGAGGAUCCCGAGUUGAUGAAACGCAUCAAGCAUGGCAAGUUUACUCUGCGUGACAUGUACGAGCAGUUUCUCAACAUUCAAAAGAUGGGCCCCUUCAGUCAAGUCAUGGGCAUGAUUCCCGGCUUGAGCAAUGUGUUUGGCGAUGGCAACAACGAGGUCGUGACCAAGCGUAUGCAGAUGACGCUGACCGUCAUGAAGUCCAUGACCGACUUUGAGCUCGAUCAUGCCAAGGCCGCCAAACUUUUUCGCGAGCAGCCUUCACGCAGCGUGCGCCUUGCACGCGGUGCGGGCGUACACCCAUCUGUCGUUGAGCAGCUCUUGCAGCAAUAUGGCAAAUUCUCCGAAGUCAUCAAAAAGAUGGGUGGCAUCAAGGUCAGUGCGCGCACCGCCAGCUCUUUGUGUGUGUGUGUGUGUGUGUGUGUGUGUGUGCGUGCGUGUUUCAAGUUGUUUUGUAAUUUUUACGAACGUGCUCUCAACUUUAUUGUCCACUGGAUUAGUCAGCAACAAAUGAAUGUUUUGAACCAGGCCAUGGCCAAGGGCAUGGACCCCAGCAUCUUCCGCUCCAUGGGUGGCGCGUCGGGUCUGCAAAACCUGGUCAAGCAAAUGACGGCCGGUGGUGACGCAGGCGGCCUGGGUGGCUUGAUGGACAUGGCCAAUAACCUCGGUGCCAUGCAGGGCCGGGGUCGCCCUCGUCGCGGUGGUCGGCGCUAA